AUUGUGGUAUAAGGUUGUACCACAUAAUUAUUAUGAAUUGUCCGAAGCCGAAGGAGGUUUUGAAAUUGUACAAGGAUUUGUUGAGGUACGGUCAACAACUAAAACUGACUGACAAGGAUUACUUUUCUAAAAGAAUUAAAUCUGAGUUCAGAAAGAAUAUUAAUUUAUCGGAUGGAAAAGACAUUAGUUACAACUUUGAGCGGGGAAUAAUUCUGCUUUUAAAAAGAAGUGUUCAAUAAUGUUUGUGUUAGUGAGAAAACAAUUAUUUCAUCAACUAGGACAGAGUGUUAGAUUUAAACAUGGCAUUGACUAUUCAAAGGUGCCAAAAUUGCUUGAGACUGAUUUGGAGGAGCAAUUUGUAAGAGGAUCAGGACCUGGAGGGCAAAAAAUUAAUAAAACUGCAAGUUGUGUUGUAAUAAAACAUAUACCCACAGG